AGGGGCCGGUCCCGGAUCGCGGGCCCGGCAGAGGCGCCGCUGGGAUGGGGCUGGUUUCCCUGCCAGCUUUCUCUGGAAUUGCCCGUGUCUGCCGUGACGACCGCCAGCUGCUCCUUCAUCGUACUGCCAGUGAAACUUUGCAGGCCAGCGCGCCCUCUUUUCAUGUCUCCAGAGCGAGAAUGCACACAAUGUGUCCGCAUAGGAAGGCUGUAUUAAUUUCGGAUAAUGAAAUAGUUUCCAGUUUGCCACUGCAGAUGUCCCUCUAUUUCAACGUUUAUUUUUUCCCUUUUUGGUGGCUCUGCACAGUUGUCAUACUCUAUCUGAAGUAUCCAGACUUGUCAGAUUACUACAAGUUCAUCCUGGUCACCAUCAUGAUCCUGGCCUCUCUGAUAGAGGUCAUUCGACUCUACCUGGGAUACAUGGGCAAUCUCCAGGAGAAAGUCCCUGAGCUGGCUGGGUUUUGGCUCCUGAGUCUCCUCCUGCAGUUGCCCAUAAUUCUCUUCUUGCUGUUUAAUGAAGGUCUGAAAAUCCAGCCUCUGGAGAGAGCAGUGCACAUUGUCUUUGCCUUCUUCCUUGCCUUCCAAGUCAUCACAGCCUUUGUCACUCUGAAGAGGAUGGUGAACAAACUGGCAACUCACUUCCACCUUAAGGAAUUCCACCGCCUGGAGGAACAGCCCGUGCCUAGUUUUUACAGCCUGGGUAGAGAAGAGAGAGCAGUUCCCAUGGCUGGUAGGGGCCCCACUGCUGGCUGGAGAUCACACCCUGGGGGCCUGAGGAGUUGACAGAGGUGGGCCUGAUGCUGCUGCAGCUCUCUUUCCAUUUUGUUGGGUCAUUCUUUACCUUCCUACAUCAGAGGUAUUAAAAAAGAGAUCUUAAGAGCCAACAUUAAACCUCAGAGACUGAAGUUCCACUCUACAGGAAAAAUCAAAGCCAAUUACAUGUCUGGCUUGAGUGGACUAUUUGUGGACUGUUACUGAGUGGAUUUGGUGAGUUUUACAUCUUACAAAGUCGUGGCAUUUUUAAAAAAACAGAAGCCUUUGUUCUUAACAUUUGCACAAAAUUCUUUUUUUUACAAUAAAUAUUUUAUACACAUUA